AUGUCUAAACGUCGCUCUCGUUCCCCAGAGGGGGAUGAUGGCCACAGAAGGCCUCGUCAGAGGGACUAUGGUUUUUCUAGAGAUCAACUUGACAGUCGCGGUGGUUCUCGUGAUGACCGUGAUCGCUAUUCUGGCUCUGGUCGAGAUGAUCGGUAUGCUAUUGCCUCCCCCUCGUUUGAUCCAUUUACUGUUAGCCAUCUCAAAUGGCCUUGCUUUAGUGUUUUGCGAUGCUCAAAAAAUUUUGGCGGCUAACUUUUUUUAUUUUUUUAGUGGGGGGCAAGAUAUCCCGUCCGCUUAUGGCGAUGACCGUCGCCGCCAGAGAGAUUCCGGUACUUCUUAUGGAGAUGAUCGUCGCUCUAAUCGUGGUGAUGACCGUCCUCAGUAAGUUGACAAGAUCUCUCCUUUAUAGUGCUGUGGCAAUACUUUUUUUCUUUUUUUUCUUUCGCACACUUGGUUAAUUUUUGAACAGAUACAGUGAUCGUUCGUCGGGUUAUGUCGAUGACCGCAGAGGAUAUUCUGGUCGCAUUACUGGAACCAACGAUGUCCCUAUCGGCAGCCGUGAUGGCCGUUCGCCUCCCCGUGACUUCGAUCGUAAGCCCACCCAUGGUGGUCAAUCUGGCUACGGUAGAUACGGAGGAGGUGGUGGCGGAGGAGGCUAUGGGGGCCGAGACCAGGGUUCCGAUCAAGGCCGUAGUGGUAUGUUUAGCCUUCGGUCCCGUGUCAUGAUGUUCUAUCACUCGCUGGGAUGUAAAUAUUAAUUUGAAUGCUUAUAGGUAGUGAUUAUGGCCGCGGUCAGAGUGACUAUGGAAGCCGUGGUGGAGGCCGUGGUCGUGACAACCAUGGCGGUGGCGGUGGUAGUGGAGGCUAUGGCGGCGGUGGCUAUGGCAGUGGCGGCGGUGGAUAUGGCGGCGGCGGUCGCGAUUACGGUGGGGGUCGUGGGGAUUAUGGAGGUCGUGGCGGCCGUGGUGGCCGCGGUGGCUACGGAGGUGGUGAGUGCUUCCUCUUUUCUCCGGAAUUCUGCCUCCUUCAAUCAUCUGCUUACUAUAGUUGUAUAGAUCGCGGCGGUGGCCGCGGCAGCUACGGAGGCGGAUACACCGCUCCUUCCGGCCCCCCUCUCCCAGCCGAUAUUCCGAUCCCUGUUAGUGGAGAAGAAAUCCGCCUUGUGAGUGGUAACGCCUAGCACUCGACUGCCGUGAUUUUAUAUUCUUGGAGACUAAUUAUGUUUCCAACAGCCUGCCCGCAAAGUCCAGGGCUCCGGGGAGCCGUACAAAGUUUGGGCAAACCACUUCGUGAUCCAGUCUUUGCCAAAGUUGCAACUUUAUAUGUACGACGUACGUUCUCUGCCUUGCCUUUCUGCAAAAUCCACUGAGCUAAUUUUAUGACUCCCAGAUUCGCGUAACUGCUGCCAGGAAGAAAGAAGGCUCCGAUGAAGAGGUCAAGCAGUGUUCUCCAGCCAUGGUCGGUCGUAUUUUGCAAACUCCACAGGCCAAAGAAAUCCUGGGUGAUGGUUUUAUAUUUGAUGGUAAUUAUAUCUACCUCUUUGUUGCUGAAUGACCGCCUAACCUUGAUCCAGGUGUUUCGAUUGGAUGGGCCACUAAGAAACUCCCGAUCGAGGGCGAUACUGCUACCUUCGGUUUGGAGCUCCCCGGUGCUCGUCCUGGAAGAACGUUUGGGUGCACUAUUGGAAUCCAGUAUGAUGGUCCAUUCAAUUGCGACGCCUUGACCAACUGGGUUUUAAGGGAGCAGCAAAAGGGAAUUACUAUCGAAGCCCUUGCAAACUACGAGCAGGACCAAGAGGUGCUUCUUUGCCUUAAGUUUAUCAACUCGCUUUUGCGUAAAGACUGUACCGAGAGGUUUGUCAGUGGUCAAGGCAACAAGUCGACUACGUUUUUCGAUAAAUCCCGUGAUGGAAAUACCUCCUUGACCCUCAACUCCACUCAAGGUGUGAUAGAGGCCUGGCGUGGAUUUUACCAAACCGCCUCCUCCCGCUUCGGGCAAAUUACAGUGAACGUUGACACCGCUACUGCCACUUUCAUCAAGCCUGGGAUAAAUUUCGUUGAUGCAAUCUCCAGGUUUUCCGGGGUUCAACCGGAGGACCUUGAACGCGGAUUUGACUAUAAUCGUGAAAAAAUCCUAGAGGCUGCGAAAAAGUUUAGCGGCGUCGGGUUCAAGGUCAAACAUAUCAAGGGCCCAAAGGGGGAGAUUUCCAGGCGUGGUUUCAGACUUACCCGUUUGAGUGCUGAGGAAGAUAAAUUCCAGAUCAGGAUCUGGAACACAGAUGAUGAAGGGAAUAAGGCUUUCACCCUUGAGGAAAUCACUAUUGCUGAGGUGCCUCUAAUCCCUUCUGCACCAAUUACCAUCUUGCUGACGUUCAUGCACAGUACUAUUCCCGCCAAUACAACAUCAAAUUGAGAUAUCCGAAGCUUCCCACCGUCGAAACUAGAAAGGGGGACAAAUAUCCCCUUGAGUUGUGCUUUGUUGACGAUGUAUUAUCUUUCAAUCCUCCCUUUAAUGCUCCGUUGUAACGUACGUUCUGACAUUAAAUUACAGGCGGAACGCUGGAAAGAGCUCCUUCAGGGAGCUGAAACUGCAGAGUUUAUAAAGUUUGCUGCGGCUCCGGCAUUUGCCCGCCGAAGCCAGAUCGAGGAAAGCUUGAAAAAGAUAGGCUGGCACAAUAUGAAGUCACUUGGGGAAUUUGGUGUCUCUAUUAAGCCGCAAUUCAUCGAACUGGAAGCCAAAAUCCUACCUUCCCCAAUAGUGGUCUUUGGCCAAGGAACUGAGAACUCGGGUCCGAGGAAUGGCCGAUGGAACCUUAGGGGAAAGAGAUUUUAUAAAGUGAGCCAAGCUAACCCCGUCACCCGAACUAGAGCUUUUUGUUAAUGAUUUGUUGAUUUUGUAGCCCGCGGCUCUCAAUGGUUAUGGUUUACUAUACAUUCCUGGGGGUCACGGUAUGCGAGUUGACGAGAGAGGCAUUGACGCCUUCACCAAGACCUGUGGACAACAGUUUUCCAACUACGGCGUCUCAACGAACCCUAGGUGCCCGCCUCAAUGGGCCAUGGCCAACCUACAAGGAGAUUUCGAACGUCAGAUCCAUGAGUUGAUAUCUAAGCUCCAGGCGAGUAAUGGUGUUAGACCUAAUCUCCUGAUUUUUAUCCUUCCAAAUGUUGCAGUUGAGCCGUACUGCACCAUUAAGAAAAUUUGCGACACAACCUUCGGAAUUGCCUCGCAGUGCAUGGUUUUGGAGAAAUGUUUCAACCCAAAGGGUCAACUUCAGUACUUGGGGAAUAUUGCCCUCAAAGUCAAUGUUAAACUUGGUGGAUCUAAUGCGGUUAUUGACGACCCUUUCCUCACCAAACAGCCGACGAUGAUUAUGGGUUGCGAUGCCUCGCAUCCGAAUCCCUCACAGCGCAGAAUGGAUCCCCCACCACCAACCUUUACUGCGAUUUCCGCUAGUUAUGACCGCCGUUGCGCAAAGUACUCGGCGGUUACAAGCUGUCAAGCUGCCGGGCAGGAAAUUAUUCAGGACUUUGGUGCCAUGACUCAAGAAUUGUUGAAACGCUUCCAGGAACAGGCCAAACGUGACCCUUCUGCUAUCAUUUACUUCCGUGAUGGGCUCUCCGAGAGUGAACUUGACAAGGUUGUUCGCGCUGAGCUUGCGGAGCUUAAGAGUAAGUCGUUUCUCGUCCUUGAAUUUAUCUAUUCAUGACUAAUAGAUUGAUAGAGGCCACCAAGGCCAAGAUCUCGGUGAUUGUCUGUGUGAAGCGCCACCAUACUCGUUUCUUUCCCCUUGAUAAGGGCGAUAAGAACGGGAAUAUUGCUGUUGGUACCGUAGUUGAAAACGGACACGGCAAAGACAUCUUCAUGGUUUCGCAUGCCGGCCUUCAGGGAACAGUUCGCCCUACCCAUUACAUGAUGUUGCACGACGAGAACGACCUCACCGCUAUUGACUUUCAGCGAAUUUGUAACAACGUUUGCUAUGCAUAUGGGCGCGCUACUGUUUCUGUUAGCAUUGGUCGGUUAUCUCGCCCCUUUUAGAGUUAAUGUUAUUCUAACCAACUCACAACUUCCAGCUCCGCCGGUUUACUAUGCGAACCUUGCGUGCGACCGCGCUCGCUCGCAUGUUGUUCAUACCAAUCAGGGACAGAGUGAACUUUUGCAAGUCCAUGACCUUCUCAAGUACUCUAUGGUAGCCCUUUACCCACUCUGCCCAUUGCGAUAA